ACUUAACAUGUAAAAUGAACAUUCCACGAGGAUUGUUGCUUCAGAUAAAAUGUCUGAAGAUUUUGGGUCUGUUCCCAGUUGAAUUCGAUGGAAGUGAAUUGAAUUUAAUUUGUAAAUCACCUCAACGACACGCAUGCGGACUAGCCUUAGCCACCUCGUGCUUCGUAAUGCUGUUCGCGACCUUGUUUUGCCUUUUCGAUUCAAUUUACAAUACAGCACCAUCGCAUUACAAUAAAACCGGUAUGACAUUCGAACUAAUUGCAACUCAAAUUGCCGGCUUCUGUCAAAUCACCGUUAAUUUGUGUUUAUAUUUCGGCAGUGUUCAUAGUUUUCGAAUAAUAGUAAAUGUCAUAAAGUUCGAAAAUAAGUACAUUUGGAAGAAAACUGACAAUGACAUAACGUUGUGUCUCUUUCGUUGGUAUUUGGGAAUUUGUGUCUUAUGCGCAUUGAAUAUGAUUUAUUUGUACAUAAUUGUUGGAAAUUGGCGUCUAAUGUUGUUUUUUCAAGCCAUGACAUAUUUACUACAGAUGAUAUUUAGUGGACUUAUUGCAGUUUAUUAUACAUCAUUGGUUGUGAUUUUGAAUAGAAUAAUGGAAUGUAUCAAUGCACAAAUAACUAGAAAUAUUUUAAUGGUACAGUGUAAUUCUAAUGGGAGAUGUCUCCUCAAACAGGUACUUAAUGAUAGAAGUGAAAUUAUAAAAUUAUGUGAAUCGGAUAUAAGUGAGUUUUAUGGUGUUCCCGUGAUAUGUAUUUUGGCAUGUGUAGUUAUAAACGCACCAGUGGGCCCUUAUUUUGGACUGUCUCUCUUGGAAGUGAGUGACGUUAUGGAUUUUCAUAAGGUCUUAUUGUUUUUUAUAAGCACGAAUUUCAUAUGGUUCUUUCAAUUUAUGUUUAUUGCUGUGAUGAUUUUGUAUUUGGAUGUCAAUAAAGUGGCAAAUGAAACAACACGGAUUCUAUCAAGAAUAUCACGAAGAGGCAAUGGAAUUGAAAAAAUGGUUGACAAAUUUCUUAUGAAGAAUAUGCAACAAAAACCAAUUUUAACGGCAUAUGGAUUUUUUCCACUCAAUAAAACCACAUUAUUCAAGAUUUUUGCUGCAAUUUUUACUUACAUGGUUAUACUUAUCCAAUUUAAAGAUAUGGAAAAUACAAACAAGAAAUUAUCAACUUCCACUGAUUUGACAACAAUAACAACCAUGUCAUCCUAUUCUUCAGUUAUAGAAAAAUAAAUGAAAUUUAAAUUUUGAUCUACAACAACAAAAAAAAACAUUAAAAAAGGAAAAUUUAUGAUAUGAACCAAUAUUAAAUAAAAUGUAUUCUUUAAGUAUCAGUAAUAAGAAAUUUCAGAUAGAUGUCAGAUGAAAGAUAAAAUGUGACUUAAAGUGUUAUAAAACUUAUAAAAAGCUU